AUGAAGUUCAUCGCUGUUGCCUCCAUCCUCUUCGCCGGCGUCCUCGCCAUGCCCUCAAGCCAGUGCCGCGACUGCGACUACCCUGCUGAUCGCCACUACGACGAUCGCCACCACGGCAAGGAUUACCUUCCUGGUCGUGGCCGCCACGGACACGAUGAUGAUUAUGACAAUGACGGCCACCGCGGAUACGGUGACCGCUACGGCAGCCGCGAUUACUACGGAGACCGUGACCACUACCGCCACGGAGACCGCCACGGAGACCGCGACCACCGCGGCCACGGCGACCGCGACGGCCACCGCGACGGCCACCGUGACGGCCACGGAAACGGAAACGGCGGCCGCCGCUACCGAGCUUGCCCUCGUGGUCUCCUCUACACAAACCCUCAGUGCUGCUCCACCGACGUCGGUGGUAUUGCCGGCCUCGACUGCAAGAACCCCUCCCGCCGGCCCACGAGUGCGAGCAGCUUUAAGCGAAACUGCGCCGCAUCCGGCGCCCAGGCCAAGUGCUGCACCGUCCCGGUUGCCGGCCAGGCUCUUCUCUGCCAGAAUGCCAUUGGCGUGUAA